AUGAUCCAGGACCAGAAUUACAUAGCUCUGAAGACGGAGGUCAUGAAGGCUGAAUUGAGAGUGCUCAAGGAACUGGGGUUCUGUGACUAUGUCAAACACACUCACAGCAUAAUUUUGGAGUACCUGCAGAUCCUGGGGUUUGGGAAGCACGAAAACAUGGUGCAGUUGGCGUGGAACUACUUGAACGACUCGCUGCGGACGGACGUGUUUGUGCGCUACCAGCCUGAAACUAUUGCUUGUGCCUGUAUCCAUCUUACCAUGAGAGAAGAGAAUUUUUUAUUUCCAGAGGCGCUAGAUUGGUUCAGCGACUUCGGCGUGUCUAAGGAGGACGUCCAGGAUGUGUGCUUCAGGAUAGUGAGGCUUAACAAGAGACCGGCGCCAAAUGUAGAUGAACUGGAUCGGCGGGUAAAGGAACUACGGCGUCAGUACCAGGAGGACCAGGAGGCCCGUAUGAAGGCCAGAGGGGGCUCUGGGUGUGGAGCGGGAGGCACCGGGGCCCAAUCUGGCAAUAAAAGACCAAAUGGAGGCAGCAAUAGCCCCACCUCACCACAUUCGCGAUCUCGACACAGCUCACCAACCCGCUGUAGCACGAUCAUACAUCACAAUAGUGGAUCACCUCGUUGGGGAGGAGGCUCUACCAGUCGAAAUAACCAUGCCUCAGACAAGCAUCGGAGUCGGAGAAGAUCUCGGACAGUUAGCCACAGCCCGCCUCCCAAACGCAGCAAAAAGUCAAAGAAGAUCUUGAUCAAGAUCACGAUCGAGGUCAUACGAAAGAAAAGGAAAGUCAAAAAAGUUUUCAUGGUAAAAGUAUAA